CGCGUAAGUGUAUCGAAAUCGAUUUAGAAAUUUAUUUCUUAAUUUUAUUGAAACACUUUUCUUCUCGAUCGACUCUUCGCGUAGUGUAUACGAUAAUUCAAAUUUUGUAGUAUAAGUGAGUUAAUGUGUAUGUAAAAGUGCAAUGGAGUAUGCCGGUUUUGUGUGUGUGUAUAGACAUUUGACGAUUGUGUCGUUGAUUGUACUUGGAUUAUAUCGAUGAUAAACCAGUAAAUGAUCUACAGAACCGUACCAAAACUACAAAAUGGUCGACUUAUAGCAGUCAGCGGCCGGAGACAUUUACUCGGACGGUGGCGGUGGAAGCGGAAAGAUGUUAGUUCUGAUGAUCAUACACUUCAUUACCCUGCCAGUGCUAACAUCCAGACUCGUCAGAGGCGAAACAGCAAUGGACGAGAAACAACCGCAACCGCUCAUCAGUUCCCGAGUAGUGAGGACCAAGUAUGGUGAUCUCAGAGGAUUCAUAGUUACUCCAGAAUCAAGGUUCUUAGAACCUGUCGAAGUCUUCAGAGGAGUGCCUUAUGCAUCGCCUCCUGUAGGCUCUCUGAGAUUCAUGCCUCCAGUUUCCGGCGCGCAAUGGUCAGGUGUCAAAAUUGCCGAAGAUUUCAGUCCGGUAUGUCCUCAAGUUCUUCCCGAUAUAAGAAAUGAGACUGCUGUCUUGAAAAGGAUAUCAAAAGGACGUUUGGAGUAUUUGAAAAGGAUACUCCCAUUUCUCACGAAUCAGUCAGAAGAUUGCUUGUAUUUGAAUAUCUACGCACCCGCUCAAGCAGGUGUAAGAGACGCAGUUGCCCGCUAUCCAGUGCUGGUCUUCGUGCACGGAGAGAGCUACGAGUGGAGUUCUGGCAACCCUUACGAUGGCACAGUUCUGGCGUCACACGCUGGACUGGUUGUCGUCACUAUUAAUUACAGACUUGGAAUUUUAGGUUUCCUCAAUCCUCGAUCAGAUGAGUUCCCCCGUUCUCCUGCUAAUUACGGGCUCAUGGAUCAAAUAGCAGCUCUUCACUGGAUCAAAGAGAACGUGGCAGUGUUUGGGGGAGACCCCACAAACGUGACGUUGAUGGGUCAUGGCACUGGAGCCGCGUGUGUUCACUUCUUAUUGACUUCCUUGGCUGUGCCUGAAGGCCUACUAUUCCACAGAGCAGUGCUGAUGUCAGGGUCAGGCUUAAGCCCGUGGUCGCUCGUUGCUGAUCCAAGCAAGUACGCAGCAAUAGUCGCUACACAUGCAAAUUGUUCACCCGAACUGACGCCGCCAUUGUUACUCCGGUGUUUGCGGGAGCGGCCGCUAGAGGCGCUGCUGUCUGCGCCAGUACAAGCUCCCGACUUUGCUUAUGCCUUCGGGCCUAGCGUCGACGGUGUUGUUAUAGACACCGGCGACCUGUUAGUGAACCCUGAGAAUGGCUACGAGUGGGGAGGGCAGACUGUUGCACAUGCGCCGCUCGGCAAGCAAGCGCAGAACGCCAUCAACAUCAUCAACGCUGUACUCAUGAGAAAGAGCGCUGUGGCACAGCUUACCAAAUACGACCUGAUGUUAGGAGUGACAAAAGCAGAAGCAUAUUUCGCCUUCAGCGGAGAUGACGUCCAGUACGGCAUUGAGGCUGACAGGAGAUCGAAGAUCUUGAAGUCUUUCGUGAGGAACACCUAUAGUUAUCAUCUUUCUGAGAUUCUUGCAACUAUCAUCAAUGAAUACACUGAUUGGGAACGGCCUGUGCAACACCCAAUUAAUAUAAGAGAUGAAACACUGGAAGCGCUCAGUGAUGCUCAAGUAGUGGCUCCGAUGGUCCUCACAGCAGACACGCAUUCAGCGCUCCGUCGUAACUCCUACCUCUACGUGUUCGAUUACCAGACGAAGUAUGGAGAUUACCCACAGCGCCAGGGUUGUAUCCACGGUGAAGAGUUGCCCUACGUGUUUGGUGCCCCACUAGUGGGCGGGCUGGCCCACUUUUCGAGGAACUAUACGAAAGCUGAAGUAGCCCUUUCAGAGUCCGUUAUGCUAUAUUGGGGCAAUUUCGCUAAAACCGGGAAUCCCAACGAAGCGCAGGAGAGUGACCCAAUAAGGGCAGGUAGACAAGAAAGAGUGAGAAUGAAGAAUAUAGAAUGGACUGCGUACGAAGCAGUACAUAAAAAGUACUUGAACAUUGACACCAAAGCUAAAUUGAAGAACCACUAUAGAGCUCACAGAUUGUCAUUCUGGCUGAACUUGGUACCAGACCUACACCGUCCUGGAGGUGAAGAUGUGCCUCCUUCACAUCAUCAGCUCGAGCAUGAGGAUGCUGCUCUUCAACCUACGCUCAAAACAUUCAGUCCACCAUUCAAAAAGACUACAGAUAUGGUGAUCACAGAUACUGGUUUGGCGACUAAGAUACCGGUUUUGGGUAUCCUGAACAUCACGUCUCCAUUGAACUUCAAUAUCAUUGGAGUCAAUACUCCUACACAAAGCACUGCUGCUACUGAAGUCCAUAAAACUGAUGCAACUACUGCAACCCCGCCAGAGGACGGUUUCGCAGCAUAUUCUACUGCUCUUAGUGUAACUAUAGCCAUAGGAUGCUCUUUGCUCAUAUUGAAUGUUCUCAUAUUUGCUGGUGUAUACUACCAACGAGACAAGACUAGAAUGAAUGGACAAGAUGGUCACACAAAUGGAGCUCAUUUAAAAAAACGAGUCGAGAAUGGCCAGAUGCCAAACAACAUUUGUGGUGACUUAGAGGGGGCGUUGACUUACCAGACAAGUCUGAAGAAUGACCCUGCUACAAUUUUAAGCCAUCAUCAUCAUUCCCAUCAUCAAUUACCACCCCCAGAAUUCGCAGAUCUUCCAAGUAAUAACGUCGCUGGUAUGGCGACUUUACCUCGGGCGCCUCCUCCGCCAAAACUUGGGAAGAGUAAUAUAAAUACACUAGCAAGUGGGCAGCUCCAAGAGAACCAGCCCUUGCUAUCAGCACAUCAGAUGCAGAUGAUCAACACGAGCACUCUGACGAAAAAGAACACGCAAUUGAACGCAAAGUCGAAUGUGACGAUGGAGGAGUUGCGUGUGUGACGUCAGCGAGCAUGACUGCAACGAGCCGGCAGUUGCAGCGACGUAGUUCAUCAUGACGAGAUCGUGUGACUUGAGCCGGACCUUCUCAGGUGUGUUACAGAUUAUAUAUAGACAUUUACUGUGCCACUUGAAUCCAGAAGGUUAUAAAUUAUUAAAGACUUUUAUUCCAAGGACAAUGUGAACUGAAUCAGUGAUUUUCUUCAAAAACUCGAAGUGAGAUAUUUGAAUAAGUGACGUUCGUGAUUAUCAUAUCUAAGACGUUGGAGUGUAAUAUAGAGUGUUAUUGGACGAUUUAUCGAUGUAUGUAUAAAAUGUUUGUAAAUAGCGAAAUAAUUGUACAUAGUUCGCAGCUCAGCCGCAUAUCCAUCCUAAUUACAAUUAUGAUAAUCUCAAAAAUAAUGAACUUAAAGUAAAGUAAUAAAGAUUAAUCGUCGUCGCCCUCGCUCGGUUGUUACAAUUGUAUGAAUGCAGAGUAAGUUUCUAUUUAAAAGAAUGGACAUUGUUUCUCAGGCGUUACUGUCAAGAGAUUUAUGUUCUAGAAUAUCUGACGUUGUAAUAAGCUUAUUUUCCAACCAUUUAAGACGGCAUUUUAUUGUAUUUAAGUGCAGCUAUUUAUGUUAAUACUUGCUAUUAAGAUGACUAAACACAAUACUAAGAUUAUUGUCUAAAGCUUUAGGAUUGAAAAAUGUAUUUCAAUUCUGUCGGAGUGUCGGCGCGGCGUCGGCGUUAAAUGUGAGUCAGUGUAUUUUAUUAAUAGUUCGAGCGGACAAAUCUAAGAGAACAGAAGACCCUUUUGGAGGUCCUUUGAUUCCAAAUAUAAUUUUCCUUUGAACGUCUGAAGUAAUGAAAUUUUGGCAAUUUCUUGUGAUAUUUUAUAAAAUUGUAACAGCCGAUCGAACUUGGAUUUAAUAUUGAAUUUAAAAACUAGAUACUUGAAGAGUAAAGAGAUACCAAUUUAAUCUUCGCCGACCGUUUUGUCGAAGUUAGAAGCAAUAAUGGUUCUUCGAAAAAGUCAGUUUUUAAGCGAUUUUAGUUUUUGAUAGAAAAAAAAAGUUUUGCUGAAGAAACAGGUGGUCGUUAUCUGAAAUCUUCUUUGUUUACGACUAUUUGAGUUUCGUAAUUUACUUUGCUGUUUUACUUGUUGAAAUAAGGCACGAACAUUGAAGAUUUUUUACUUUAGCAUUUUGAAUUAUUUACGUAGGGCUGUUCUUACUCCCUCUGAGGUUAAAGAUGAUGCGGCCUUUGUCUUAAUAUUUUUUGUAAUGUUUCUUCAGCAAAGAAAUUGUUUUUAGUUUUCAACAUAGAUGGACCAAUAGUGUUUGUAAAUAUGUAAAUAAAUUUAGGAGACGGUAUAACAGGUUGUAUGACAUCCUUUCUGUUAAAUUUCAAAACACGACUGAUCCUCUUUAAUUUUAUUAAAAAAAUAC